AUGUCAUCAUCCACAUCUUCUUCUUCAACUUCCAAAAAAUCAAAAUACACCUAUUUUGAUAAUGAAAACAAGGAAAAUAUCGAUCCAGUCACCGGUUUACAUUCGAAUAUUAGACCAAUCGUCAAUUCCUGUGGUUCCUCAAAGAAAAGAGUAGCAUUAAAAGAUAUUACUCCUGUAAGAGUUACAUUAUCACCCAAAAAAAUUAGACCGACCUCUGCUCUGGCAAAAGUUAAUAAUAAUAGUAAUAAUAAUAAUUCAGUUUAUGUUAUUACCGGCACAAGUUCACAGCAAUCACCAUCUAUAAAUAAUCAAAAUACACCAAAACCAAUUCCUUUUCCAAUUUUUUCAAACCCAUUAAACAACACCACAAGCAACAACACAUCAACAACACAGUCAACUUCAUCAAAAUCAAAAUCUUCAACUUCUUCUUUAUCUAUUAGAACAAUUAGAUAA